AACUACUUUGUUUCUUUUAAGUUCCAUCUUUAGUUUGUUGCCGCUCUGUAUCUUUUCAUAGAAUCUUCCUGAAUUUCUGCUGUUGUUUCUGAUUUCUUCAUUCUACUGACUAGGAAGUGCUUGUAUAGCUGUCUGAGCAGUUCUUGAUUUUGCUUGACUGAUCUGUCAGUUCCAAGGUUGAGUGAUUAUAUAGAAAUGAAUUGGAUUUAUUUUACUUUUUAAGUACUUUGCAGUGAGUAUAGGAAUUACUGCACUAUGGAAUUCAGUCUUAGAAAUAUUUUGGCUUUUGAGUUCACUUUGCUUUUAAAUAAAUUCCCUUCCCCCUUAUGUUUAGGAAGUACAGAAGUUGAAUCAGCAACUAGAGGAGAAAAAUGGAGAGAUACAGCAGAUGAUAAAUCAGCCUCCAUACGAAAAGGAGAGAGAAAUCUUACGACUUCAGAAGAGCUUGGCAGAGAGAGAGAAGGCUCAGGCCACCAGUGAUGUUUUGUGCCGUUCACUCACUGAUGAAACUCACCAACUUCAACGCAAAUUAGCAUCCACAGCAGAAAUGUGUCAACAUCUGGCAAAAUGUCUAGAAGAGAAGCAAAGGAAAGAGAAGGGGAAUUCAGAUGACCGGAUACCUACCGAAAGAUCUAAUCAGCUUUUAGACAAUGAAACUUCACUUCAAGCUCUUAUCUGCAACCUACAAGAUGAAAACAGGAUGUUAAAACAAAAAGUAUCUCAUGUGGAAGACUUAAAUGCAAAAUGGCAGAAAUACGAUGCAAGUAGGGACGAGUAUGUGAAGCGACUCCACUUGCAACUAAAAGAGAUGAAGUCACAACUGGAGCAGCAGCACGGCGUAACUUCAGCACAAACGAAUUCUGACCUGAUGCACAAAGAGAUAUUCCGGUUAAACAAGCUACUGGAAGAAAAAAUGAAUGAAUGCAUAAAAACAAAGAGAGAAUUAGAAGAUGUGAAGAAGGCUAGUGAAGGAGAUAAUGAGCGCAUACAAAUGCUGGAGCAACAGGUCCUAGUUUAUAAAGAUGAUUUCACAUCUGAGAGAUCAGACAGAGAACGAGCACAGAGUAAGAUACAAGAGCUUCAGGCAGAAGUUGCAUGUCUGCAACACCAGCUAGCAAGAAGACAGGACUCAAGAGACACAAGUAGUCAUUUCAGAGUUCACAUUGGUAACCAAAAUCACAUGUAUGUACAGACAAAUGUUGAACAUCUACGAGGCAAUAGCCCGGGCCAAACAGGCACGAGAAGAACACCUUCACAGUCUGAACAAGCUUCUCCAGCUGUGGACAAUGGAAACUCAGGAUCUGAGGGCAGGGCACAGGGUGAACUUAGAUGCCCUCAUUGUAUGAGGUUUUUCAGUGAUGAACUCAGUGAUGAAUUCCUCAAGCAUGUUGCUGAAUGUUGUCAGUGACCACGUGAUGUGAGGUGUGUAAGUCGAUCACUACUUUAUAGAGAGUAAAACCUUGCUCUGUACAUAAUGUGCUACAGUCCUAAACCAAGAGUAAUUCAAAUGGACAGCUCUUAGGAAUUAGGAGGAUGAACAAUAUCUACCUCUUAUUUGAUUUCACAUUCUCUUGGACUGUAUGAAAGACUUCAAGAUAAAGCAAAGUGUUGUUAUGAAGAAUUAUUUUUUACAACUAUGAGGAAGGCAAGCAUAGUGCAAAUUCUACUACAAACUAAAUGGAAACUUACAGUGGUAGUUAGCUUCAGACUGCAGCUUGACUCGUAGUAGAGUUGAAUUCUUUACAGCAGUCUGAAGGCUUGUGACAAAGAUUACUGAACUUGAAAUUUUCCUCCUUUUCCAAAAAUGUAGGCUAAAAAACAGGGGAGGAGCAUUUUGGCAGAAGGUAGGAAAAAUUUUACUGUGCUUUAUCUGGAUUAAAAUACUUCCGCUUUUAAUAUGUUGUCUGUUGAGGCUGAACUUUCAGACAUUUCAUCUGAAAAUCCUUGUGUUCAGAUGAAAUCAGGAGAAGUGAAGAAAAUAUGAAAGGGCUGGUUAUUGACUACAACUAGCUUGUCUUUUUGCACAGAAACCAUGUACAGGGGUAUUUAUUUUUUCUGUACCAUAAGUGGCUAUUUUGCACAUUUGUAAAUGCGUAUUUGUGUAACUAUUGAUUGUAUUUGUAUUUUACCUAAGGAUUAUUUUUAUAAUAAAAGUGAUUAUGCAGUUGCUUUAC